CUUUUUUCCUUGGAUCAAUUAUUUAAUAAGUAAAUCCCACGACACCCACCACCACAAUUUCCUCUAAUCUUUUUAAUUAUUACAUUAAUCAAUUCUAAGCCUAUAAAUAUUUUUAAUUAAUCACGUAUCAUCAUUCGACAAUCAUUCAAAUCUUCUUCUCAUUCGUAUUUUCAUCAUAAAACCCACAUCACCAGAUGCAAUCCGCUUCUCUUCCCAUCUCUCCCUUCACUCCCCGACUCGGUCGACCUCUCAGGAAAAGGGUGUCGACGGGGAGAGUUUUCGCUUCCCACAGAGAAGGCUGGAGCGUUGACGAAAACAUGAUCGUUCUCCGGAAGAGAAUUCACGAGAUGAAGAUGGUGGAGAGGAAUUACGAGCCGCCGGCCAAUUGGAUGGAGUGGGAGAAACGUUUCUACACGAGCUACGACUCGUUUAUAUACCAACUCGUAGGUGCGCUGCAGUCUCGUUUGAUGAAUACUAGGCCGAGCUUGGCGUUGGGGAUGAUAGCUUUGGUUGUGAUAAGUGUGCCGGUGAGUUCGGGUAUGGUGUUUAUCCAGUUGUUGGAGAUGGUGAAGAUGGGCUUAGGUGCAGGAAGUAUUCAUUUGUCAUGAUGAUGAUCAAGAAAAUUAUUUUCGCUUACUGUGAAUAUUCUAGUUUAUUGGGUAGGCGUGUGUAUCUUGAUAUUCUUAAGAACAAUUUUCAUGGAGACAAUGAAUAUUAUGAGAUUUUCUUAUAAAAAUAUUUAUUUUUCUUUUU